AUGGAAUCACGCAAAUAUUCGGACCUCAUCAAGCAGAGUGACGGUCAGAGCAGCUCUGGGGACUUCUUGCAACCACCCAGAAAACUCGGGAAGUUUCUCAGUACUGAGGCAAACCUUGAUGCCAACAAACCAACCAAAGCACCAGCAAUCGGUCCAAGCCAAACCAUCGACAUCGACAUAGAUUCAGACACCAACGAGGAUUCAAAUACAGAAGAUGCGCUCUUUAUGUUGUAUUCUGAGCAGAACCAAAAGUGGAAACAACAGGAAAGGAACAACAAAAUAGAGGUAUCUGGGGUAAGCUACCUUCUAUGAAGUGCAGUGUGAGGAAAUGAAUCUGAAAAGCAACCAAUGCAGAUGUGAGCAUUCAUACUGUGGUG